AUGGGCGACGACGGUUAUUCGUCAUACGUCCUGCUUCAGGAACAGAUCCUGACAGUGAAGCGUAGCUUCAGCGAAGCUCUCGAAAAGGAAUUAAAUUUGGUUGAGGUGCGAGCACCGAUUCUGUUUCGGGUGGGUGACGGAACACAGGACAAUCUCUCCGGCUUCGAGAAGGCAGUUCAGGUCCCUGUCAAGGCCAUUCCCAAUGCAUCAUUUGAGGUGGUACAUUCACUUGCCAAGUGGAAGCGACGGACGCUCGCUAACUACAAGUUUGCUCCAGGCCAUGGGCUCUACACCCACAUGACGGCACUGCGUGUGGAUGAUGUUCUGGACAAUAUCCACUCUGUUGUGGUGGACCAGUGGGACUGGGAAAUGGUGAUGAAGGAUGACCAGCGCAAUUUGGCCUUCUUAAAGGAGGUUGUGUGUAAGGUGUAUGCCGCAAUCCGAAAAACGGAGUUGGCUGUCUGUGAAAAGUACAAGCAGAAGCCUAUUCUCCCGGAGACCAUACAGUUUGUGCAUGCAGAGCACCUACUUCUGGCGUACCCAAACCUAACAGCUAAGGAGCGUGAGCGGGAGAUUGCACGAGAAUACGGCGCUGUUUUCCUCAUUGGCAUAGGCGCUGUCCUUAGCAGUGGGGAUCGGCAUGAUGCACGGGCGCCGGAUUAUGAUGAUUGGACCUCUCCAGUUGAGGCAUCCCAAGUCGUUUUCCCCCGAACCUCUAAACCCAUACCAACGAUGAACUCCCUUUCGUCACUGAAGGGGCUGAAUGGUGACAUUCUGCUUUACAAUCCUACGCUGGAUGAUUCACUUGAGGUAAGCAGCAUGGGCAUCCGCGUGAAUGCCGAGGCUUUGCGUCACCAAAUUUCUCUGACGGGAGACGAUUCUCUUCUCAAAAGUGAGUGGCACCAACAGCUGCUGAAUGGUGAGUUUCCCCAGACUGUUGGCGGUGGUAUUGGCCAGAGUCGCAUGGUGAUGUUCAUGCUAAGAAAGAAGCAUAUCGGGGAGGUGCAAUGCAGCGUCUGGCCUGAGGAGAUUCGGAAAAAGCACAAUUUGUUGUAA